GCUGGUAUCUCCAGCUUAUCUAUUUACUCAUGGUGACCUCAACCUAUGCCAGAUCUGUGUAUAAUAAAGAUUCUUACGGACAUCCAAACUCCGGGAGCCUUAGAGAGAUCGACCAUGAGUGCUGGGAAGCGGCGUCAAGCAAGCUGGUGGAGAUGAAGAAGCUCAGGGUGGCAGAUACUAUCAUGGGGCUGUGGGACUUCAUGAUCUACUUGAAAGAAUCAGCCAAUCCCAAGCGUAACGCACUCUUUGAUAGUUUGGCGCAGAACUUCUGGGACAUGUAUGUAGACUGCGUCCUCUCAAGGUCUCACGGGGUGGGCAGAAGACAAGUGUCAUCUCCAAAUCUUUCUUUUUAUCUACAGAAACCUAUAAAAGGCAUGCCUUUAAUGAAACCCUGGUUUUAAUGUGACAAGUGGAAUCCUGUCAUAUAGGGAGGCGUUCUGUCCAUGUAGUUAUUGAAAUCAGUGUCUGUCUAAGAAGGUCGUUACGUCCGAUAUUCUGUACCAAGGUUGCCUUCUUAAUCUGCAAAUCAAUUAAAAAUGUUCUGAUGUAAGACAGGGAUGCCCAAGCGGCGGCCCUACAACUCCCAGUAUGCCCGGACAGCC